CCACAAACAACGCUAAGGUCAUCUGGCUAAGUGCAUGUUAUGGAUGAGGAUCCUCGCCGAACGCGUAUCUCUUUGGGACUACCUAGUUUUCCCGAGAAGGGAAACGCGUCUGCGCCGCGGAAGCGGGCGGUGAGUAUCGCUGGGACACGCGUCAUUAGCCCUCGAAGUCUGGCACGGCGAAGUAUGGCCCCGCGGAAGUCUAUUUUGAAGCAGCACGUGUCUCUCCCAGCGGUUGACGAUGAGACGCAAACUUUCGAACUACCUCUGUCCGAUGCUCCUAGUACACUGAGAAGCAGUCGACAAAGCGAAGGGGGACGCCGUGUUAGCUUCGCUGCGAAUGCCCAAGUAAGAUUAUUCGAUAAACUUCAAGGCUCGCCGAGUCCUGCGAAGAUCUCGACUCCCAAUCGUGCAUCAUUCAGAAGCGACGGGGACCCAAACAUCUCUCCUCUGAAGCGACGAGGAAUGUCCCUCCCACGCAGACGGUCUAGUCUUUUGUCCCAAGGCACUCCCGACCACAACUUAGAUACUGAGGAAGGGUCAACUUCAGCAGUGUCACGGCUUUCAGUCCAACCUGAUGAUGAAAAUUCAGACAUGGAUAUCGACGAAGACGGUGAACAUGGUGACGGGGGACGAUUCUCUCCCAAAGUUCAUGGUCCUGCCUUUCCCAACAUGCCAGUGGUCGGUGAUGAGGUCCCUGCUCCGCUCAGCCUUCCGGCAGUUGGACCUCUGCUCAUCGAACCUGCGAGUCCUGGGGGUGGAAUAAACAGUCCACGUGUCUCAAACACGUCUGACAUGUCUAUUGCGAUAAUGCCCAGUGACUUGUCUCCAGAAACACAGAAGAUCUUGCUCGACGCUGACCACUCAGAUAUGUCUAUCGCGCUCACCGCUAAGGGCGGUCCGAGUCGCAGGGAAUCCAUCGUUUCUGAUAUGGACGUCACCAAUAUGGAUGGUCUGGUUCCUACAGUUGAGGAGCACCCUGCCCACGAGUUUGUAGUUCCUUUGGGUCGCAGUAUUCCACGCACAGACAGAGAUGGGAAUGUUGUCUCCCCCACACCUGCUGAGAAAGCAAAGGCGGCGGCGCUGGCGUCACUCCAGCAGCUUUCCGCGGCAAGCGGAGAUUCGCCCAGUGAAGAUGGAGACGAAGACGAAGGUCCAGUGGUUCCCAUCAGAGCAACUUCUGACAUGUCUAUUGAAGACGCCACCAGGAGGCUUAGAGCUGCUUCCCAAGACUUUGAGCUUAGUGCAGACGAUCAGACUGGCUCCACGUCUUCAAAUGACAUGUCCCUCGUGACAGGAGAACCAACGGUAAAUAUUACGACAAUGCCACGGUCGUCUUCUCUCCAUGGGCAGACAAAGGAUGAUGCUCCAGACAAUCCGGCUGUGGAUAAGCCAUCUAUGAUCCCAGUACCCUCUGCAAAAUUUCCCACUCCUUCAUCCUCCAAAAUUAUAUCUACAAUAUCUCCCGUGAAGCCUCGAUCAGCCUUUAGGGCAGCAUUUACGCCUCCAUUUAUCUCACCUCGCAAACGUGCAUUGUCAGCACCUUCCCCUUCCCCAUCUCCAGCGAAAAGGCGUGGGUUGAUCCCUCCUGUGGGAGCGCCCCCUAAACGAGAAAGAGCACAGUCUGUCAAUCCUUUCCAGUCAUCCCCGCUGAAAGUGUCCCAAUUCACCCGCAAUCGCGCACCCUUGAAAAAGGGUUUAUCAUUUACGGCUUCCUUGAGUCGCAACCCAUUCUUGGAAGAGGCUCCACAUACGAUUUCGGGAAAUUCGUCUUCGGCAACUACUACCAGUGUUGUCGACCAGAACAAUGUACAUCAGACGGUGCCAGGGUCUUUACAGCAAUCUGACCUCCCAACCCCGGGCAACAUUGCACACAGAGCGGACUCCCCGAAACAUACCUCAUCAACGUCGAAGCUGCAAUCUCCUGUGUCUCCCUACACAACUACCGAGGAGGCUAUGACCCGUAUUGGUGACGAACAGCUUUCCCAGUCAGUUAAGGACCAUUCAGGCGCGUCCCUUGUGGAACAAACAAAUAACACUCCUGUCGACAAACCAAUUAAGCCUUCUGCACCUCCAAUAGGAGUUAGAAAGUCCUUUACCCCGUUCCCACCUAUAAACCGUUCGCGCCGUCUGAGCACUGUGCUUAAAGGGCGGCUCUCGAACGUUAUUGAAGCUCCCCUCCCAGAACCGACUGCGUCGAAGGCCCCCGAAGUCUCAACACAUUCCAUUCCCGCUCCUUCGGAAGAUAUGACUUCUAUAGUGCAGUCAGACGAUGGAACCGUGCCAGCCACUGGAAUUGAUAGUAAAGGACUGCCUGGAGUGGAAGCACGUCGUCGCCGCUCUGAACUUCGCCGCAGCAUUGCAGCGCGAUUAAGCCUGUCAAAAGCCCCAGAAACAUCUGAAUCCCCUGCUUUGAAGGCAAAGGCAAUCACGAGGACUCCAACCACAGCGAACAUGCUCGCAGAAGCUGCAAACUCUCCCCUCCAUAUUCCAUCCAUGAAGCCCCGUUCCACAUUCGGUAGGGCUAGCUUUGUUCCUGCUCCAAGGCCAUCUCUUGUGCCUCAAUUACAGUCCCAAAAGGCUGAAUCGCGUCCCACUCCCGCCACUAUGUCUUUGGCGGAUUUCGUUCGGGACACAGGAAAUGAAUUCAAAGACAUCACCGUUGAUCCGCCAGUUCCCCGUCUCGACGUUUCCCAAUAUCCCGAGGGGAGUGAAGGGUAUUCGUUGGCUGACACGAUACAAGCCAUGACUAUACAUUAUCCCCAGAUAGAUUUCUACGAAGACUCAAUAUCCGAGAUGAAGAGACAGAUUGAAAUUCUCGAAGACUCCUGCCAACAAAUGUAUAUGCACGCGGAACGACACACUCCAGAAGUGAUCCUGGAUUGGUUGGAAGCUGACGAUGAUACCCGCGAGAUGAUAAAAACGGCACUCAAGAUCCGACGAACAAAUGCGAGUCUCAAGGCAGACGAAGCAUGGAUAUCGUGGAAGGCACAAAAUACUCAGCAAAUGUUGGAUUCUGCCAAAGUUCAUCUGGAAGAUUUGGAACAGCUCAGAGUGAAGCUUGAUGAGAUCGACAAUCAGCUUCCAACCACUAUCACUGCACUUCAAUUGGAAUAUGAUCAGUUACAAGCUGAAUUGGAGCAGGAGCAGGCUAUGAUCAAAGAGUUGGAGGAAUGCGACCCUCAGCUGCUCGAAGAUGUCAACCAAGAGCUACAUUUGCAAAACAUAGAGCUGGAAGAAGUUCAGGCAUCUGUUCGCCAAUCCACAGCACAGCUAGAGGUCUUGUUGGCGAAGGAGCGUGAAGUACAAGCGGAAGUUAACGGGGCCAGGGAGGCAAUCGAACACGCUAAUGCAAGGGCUGAUCAGAUACGUGGGGACACUCGCGAGGAAGCUGCCAGGUUAAAAGGUGUAUUCACGAUGCUGCAAGAUCUGCAUGGUUGGCACCUCAUGAAGGUGCAAACAGACUUGCUACUGUUCCAAUAUGAUGCGCAGGCAGCCCGGUUCCUCGUCCAGCUUCAAUGUCGUGGCCUACAAGUUCAUGAAGUUGACAUCUCGCUGUUACCCAACGGGCCCUGCCAGACCGAGGAUACCAUUAUCAAUGAACUGAUGCUAGACCGAGGCAAGACUCAGAUAGCCCAGACCAACCUACCAAAGAAUCCUGAACAGGUCCGCUCACGCUUUGUUACUUAAGGGGUUUAUGGUACACUCAUUGUGCCCUAUUCGUCAGGUUCUGAUAGAGUUGAAUCUUAUGUGGGGCUGCAUGUCACGGUUCAGGCACCAACUACAG